GUCUCAAAUAUAGCCUGCUUACGUUAGGUGGAGUGUGUCGCAUCUUUUAAUAAAGAAAAUGCUUUCGUUUCCAGCUGUGAUAUUUUGUUUUUUCAAAAAUGCUUCACGCUCUUCUUCUCUUGUGCCUUCAGACUAUCCAGAUGGCUGCAUUAGAAGCCCUGCGUUUUCCUGUGCUCACUGUCGCGUCGUCCCUCAAGCUGUGUGCUUCCUCGUGUGCCUCUCCGUCAAGUCUCACACAGAAAUCAAAGUGAAGCCUGGACAAGAGGCCACCUUUCACUGUGCGUGUCCCAGAGCUGCAGCCAUCACCCUGCUGGAGUGGAGCAGACACGGCCUCGAUUCUUUGUUCUAUCGUAACUCGUUUCAAAGAUACCAGCCUGAGUCCUUUGAAGACCGAGUGGAGUUGAAGGAUGGAGACCUCACUUUGAUUCUGAAGAACGUCACCAUCAACGAUAAUGGCACGUACAAGUGUCGGAUUGUGUUCAGGAACAAAAACAGCACAGAGAGACCGUUCAGGGGCAUUAAGUGCUUCAUCAACCUCACAGUGACGGCCUCGGACCACACAGAUGUCAAAGUGAGGUCUGGACAAGAUGUCACUCUUCAGUGUCGGGGACCCACAGAUGCAGAUAUCACAGCAUUAGAGUGGAGCAGACCCGAGCUCGUGUCAGAGGGUUAUGUGUUCUUCUUCCAAAACCAGCACUCAGAUGAGAACUAUCAGCACGAGUCCAUCAAAGGCCGAGUGGAGCUGAGAGACUCAUCCACGAAGGACGGAGACGUUUCCAUCAUUCUAAGGAACAUCAGCAUCAGCGAUACAGGAAUAUAUGAAUGUAAGAUUACAACCAAUCACACCAUCUAUGGUGAGAGAGUCAUCAAGGAGUUCAGACACUCCAUCAACCUCACAGUCACAGACUCAGGUUUCACAGAUGAAGACACAAAUAGUGGAGGAGACGAGGGUGGAGGAGAUUGGGAUUGGACUCUUUUAUUAAUAGUUUUUCUGUCAGUUUGGGCUGUGUUUGUUGUUCCUGCUGUUUCUGCUGUCGUCAUAAUUACCUGCAAGGAACAAAAGCCGUUAUAGCAGCAUCCUCCUGAAAACAACGGCUGCCCUGCUUUUCCACAAGGACGAACUUUCAGAGGACUGGACCUUGGAUUUAGAGUCUGAGCGUACUCAUAUAACAUCAGGAGUUUAAAGCAUCAUUUGACUCUUCUUCACAAAAUGGGUCAAGCAUCUGCAAAAUCCAGAAAAUCUGCCAACACCAGAGGGAUUUUUGGAGGAUCGGGUGAUGAAGAUCUAUGAAGUGGGAGUGAGCGAUAAUGCUAUUUUAUUUUUUUCAAGGAAACUAAAUGCAUGGCAGUGCUAUAGCAAUAAUAUCACAAUUUGAUCAUUUUAUAUUAUGUAAAAAUUCUAUAGUACAGUGAUAUGGCAAAGUCCUGCUACAAAGAUAAAAUAUGCAACAUGGUAAAUGAUAAAUGGCCUGUAUUUGUAUAGCGCUUUACUAGUCCCUAAGGACCCCAAAGCGCUUUACACAUCCAGUCAUCCACCCAUUCACACACUGGUGAUGGCAAGCUACAUUGUAGCCACAGCCACCCUGGGGCGCACUGACAGAGGCUGGUGCUGCAAAGAAGUCAGGACAGGAAAAAGAAAAUCAUUCAUAUUUCAUCAUUUAGAAUUUUGCUGCCAUUUAUUUUAUGACCUGACAGCUUCACAUUAGACUUUAAAUUACAGGUUACUUACACCAUGUGUUAAGUUCAGGAGACGUGGAAGUCUCUUUAGUUUUUGAGUAAACUUGGACCAAACAUAAAGCCCUUCCAGUUCACAUUUAAAAUGGGUAAAGUAUGUUAUUUAAUGUUGAUAAACUGACCCUU